AUGAAUCCAACAAUGGCCAACUAUGGAAGACCAUUAACAUCUGCUUUUAUUGAAUCAGAAGGUGAACAACUUAAUAAUAUCGAAUUAAUCGAUGUAUCGUCAAUAACAACAUCAAAUUUAGUAUUAUUUCAAAGUCCAUUUGAUGGAACUGGAGAAUGUGAUGAUUUAGAUUUAAUCACUGGACGUAUUGAGAAUCUAUAUGGAGAAACUCACCGACCUUAUGAUAUUUCAUUAACUAAACAUGGAAUUACACAUUAUAUUGAAGUAAAAUCAACACGAACAUAUAAUCAACAUAUAUUUCCAUUAUCAAUUAAUCAAAUUGAAACUUUUUUAAAGCAUAAAGAAAAUUAUUUUAUUUAUCGAGUUUAUAUAGACGAGAAAAAACUCAUUAUUUUAGAUAAUAUUCGAUGGCGUUUAAUACAAAAACGACAAUUGGCCUGUUUAUUAAGAAUUAUACCAAUACCAUUAGAUCAAACCAUUUUGACGUCUGAUUAA